AUCGAUGUGUUUGCCGAUAUUUAGGAAAAAAAAAUUUCAACAAAAUAAAAUUCAAAAAUGGCGCCAUCAUCAACAAGAAUAUCCACUACAAUGACCAAAAUGACUGGUAAUUCAAACGAUGACGAUAUUCAACAUGUCAAAAUGAAUGAAAAAACAUUUAGAAAUUAUUCUUCAUCACCAUUAUUAUUGUUAUCAUCAUCAUCAUCAUCAUUGAAUCCAGAAUUAAUCCAUCAACAGAAUCAUCUUGAAAAGCAAAUAAAUCAGAAUCAUCACCAAUUUCAAACAUUUCAUCAUCAUCACCAUCGUCAUAAUCAUUGCCAUCAUAAUUUAUCAAAAAAAUUAUCAACAAUUACCAUGGCCAUUUUAAUGGCAUUAAUAUUUGAAAAUGCACCAUUCAUAUCAUCAUCACCAUUGCCACCAUCAUUAGCGCCAUCUAUAAUGAGAGGUGUAUAUGUUACGCCUAUAUUUCAUCAUCAUCAAAAUGAUCAAUCAAUGAUAAAUCAAUUAUUGAUGAAUGAUGAUGACGAUGGCGGUGAUAAUAGAAUUAUUGGUUGGACAAAUUAUCCAUCAUCAGCAACAAAUACAAAUACAUUCCAUAAUGAUGAUGAUGGUGAUGGUGAUGAUGAUGAUGAUGAUUUAGAUGUAGAUUUUGAUGGCCUAAAUAAUUAUAAAGAACAGCCAUUAAAAACAUCAACAACGACAACAACAAAUCAGCAACAGUUAUCACCACAAGCGGUGCAAAAAAGAUCAAUUCAAAUGGAAAAGAAAAAUAAUAAAGAAUCACUGUAUGAUUGGCUGAUUAAGAAUAAUAACAACCAGAAUAUCAAAAAUGGCCGCAUGAAACGUAGUGGUAUCGCUGAUCAACGUUUAGCUGAAUUAUUAGAAUUGGCACGUUUAGAUAUGAUAAGGAAAUUAGUACGUGAUAGUACAACACAUCAUUCAUCAACAUCGAUUGAUGAAGAUGUUGCAUAUGGAUUGAUUGAUCCACAUGUUAUGUAA